UGAGCAAGCAAAUGACUACCCACAUUCGCGUCUAUUUUAUCAUAAUCAAAAAUAAAUCGUAAAGGAUUGCUGGGCGAUUGCUUAUUUUAAUAAAUUACGUUUUAUAAUUUCCAACGAAUUAAACAAUAAUGUCUGAACGUGGCAACGGAAAAUCUAAGCAUCAAAAUGUUGUUGCUAAGAAGAUUACUAAAAACCGCAAGAACAAGACACGCAGCGAGCGUUCGGGACUGAAGUUUCCCGUGGGAAGAAUUCACAGGAUACUGCGACACGGGCUCUAUGCUCGCCGUAUAGGCUCCGGCACUGCGGUCUACCUAACUGCAGUACUGGAAUAUCUGGCCGCCGAAAUGCUGGAGCUGGCUGGUAAAGCUGCAGAAGAAAGUAAAAGAACGAGAAUUAUGCCACGUCACAUACUACUGGCCGUACGAAAUGAUGAUGAGCUAGACAAGAUGCUACAAGGAGUCACAUUUUCCCAGGGGGGCGUGAUGCCCAUCAUCCAUUACCAGCUGCUACCGAAGAAGACUGCAAAGAAAAAUACAACAAAUAACAACACAAAUACUUCUUCCCAGGAAUAUUAACAUUAUGUAGUUUUUUCAUACUAGAUUGUGUUAAAAAAAUAUUAUUUUACUUGAUCGUGUUCAGAUGAAAAAUGCACGUGGACACAUUUUCAGUCUUUUUUAGUCAUCUUAAUUUCUCA